GAGUAAGAAUAUGUUUUUAUCCACAUUUUGGGUCUUGGUAACUUGAGCUGCAGUUUGGUUGAAGUAGUGACCUCACACUCCUCCUAAAAGUUGCCUUGUGUGACCACGAUCAGAGCCCUUAACUAAGAUUAUACAUGUUUAAAGGAUCUGACCACGUUGAGGAAAGUCCCUGAGGAGCGGAACACAUGAGGCAGUGCGCUUCGCGGCGGAGCACCUUCCCAAGUCUGGUGGGAGCUGCGGGGAGGCGCAGGGAGUCUCUGCUCCUUUAAGUGAGCGAAGAAACUCUCCCCUCCCUCGCUCCCUCUCCCCUCGCCUCAAUCCCGGACGGCCUGCUCUGAGGGAGGAGGAAGCCGCUUCGCCGGCGCUGCGAUAGGGAUUUGAACGCACCUUCGCGCAGAAGACAGCGCCGCACGGCUCGGCUCAGAGUGCAGCGGGCGGGUCCGCGUCAACCUCCACUUUGGAUGUAACCUGAUCGGAUUCGGCCCGGUGACUGAGCGGUUGGUUGUUGCCUGGAGCUGGAGGCCGGGAGCAGGUCAGGCAGCGUCUGCCCGGGGUGGUGCUGCAGUUGGCGGAGCGUCGCCGUCAGUCGGUUCCCGUGGAGAGGGGAGCGGAGCCUGCAGGGACCUGCUGCUGCUGCUGCUCUCAGGGUGUUUGUGCUUUUAUCUCCACGGCUGGACUCGGAUACACUCGUUACACACGGGAUUAACUGAUUAACGCUCCGGUACCCGGGGAGUUGGAUGUGUGUUUUGCCCCGCAGGAGUCACCUGGAGUCCGGGCGGAGAGACGGGGCCGAUGGCGCAACGGUAUGAAGAUCUGGCCCACUAUGGGCUGGAAGGGGUGGGCGGUGUGUACGGAGACCCACACCACCAUCAUCACCAUCACCACCAUGCCGCUGCUGCUCGCUCUCUGCAGGCCGUGCACCUGGCAGCCGCCGCCGCCACUGCUGGUGGUCCAUACCCUCCACACCAGUAUGCCCAGUCCACCCACAGUGGCAGCAGCAGCACGGCCGCCACAGCCGGGGACGCUGUCAAGAGGGACAGAGACGCCAUUUAUGGACAUCCUUUAUUCCCUCUGCUCGCACUGAUUUUUGAAAAAUGUGAAUUGGCAACCUGCACACCGAGAGAGAGCGGCGUUGCCGGUGGAGACGUCUGCUCCUCGGACUCCUUCAACGAGGACAUCGCCGUCUUCUCCAAACAGAUUCGAUCAGAGAGGCCUUUAUUUUCAUCAAGCCCAGAGCUGGAUAAUUUGAUGAUCCAGGCUAUACAAGUGCUGCGCUUCCACCUUCUGGAGCUGGAAAAGGUUCAUGAGCUUUGUGAUAACUUCUGUCAUCGAUACAUCAGCUGUCUGAAAGGGAAAAUGCCAAUCGAUCUGGUUAUAGACGACACAGAUGGAAACAAAUCAGACAGCGAGGACUUCAUCAGGUCAUCGGGGAACAACAUGGAUCAGCUUUCAUGGAGCAGAGAUCAUGACGACGCAGCAUCGAUCCGAUCGGCCGGGACACCGGGACCGUCCAGCGGUGGACACACGUCUCACAGCGGCGACAACAGCAGCGAACAAGGGGACUGUCUGGAUAACGGCAUGGCGUCUCCCAGCACAGGGGACGAUGACGACCCCGACAAAGACAAACUGCACAACAAAAAAAGAGGCAUCUUCCCCAAAGUGGCCACGAACAUCCUGAGAGCCUGGCUUUUUCAGCACCUGACUCACCCCUACCCUUCAGAGGAGCAGAAGAAGCAGCUCGCUCAGGACACCGGCCUCACCAACCUGCAGGUCAACAACUGGUUCAUCAACGCGAGGCGGCGGAUCGUUCAGCCCAUGAUCGACCAAUCGAACCGAGCAGUGAGCCAGCCAGGACCGUACGGCCCAGAUGGUCAGCCAAUGGGAGGCUUCGUUAUGGACGGACAGACACACAUGGGAAUCAGACCACCUGCUCCUAUGGGUGGUGUUGGGAUGGGUGUGGAGGGACAGUGGCACUACAUGUAGCACCACCAACACCCCCCCUGCCGCUAGAGGACCCGCUCAGUGUCCCAGGAAACCACCGACUCAGCAGGUCUGCAGACCUCCUUUGCAGGCGUGGAGCAGGACCCCACGCCUCCUCACCCAUCCUUCCCUCAGCCCCACCCCUCCGGGCAUCUACCUGGCCUGAUGAGGAAAACACCCGACCGCCACCGGAGACGC